GUUUUUAGUGUUUAAGCAAUAUUUGAAUCCCGCAGAUAUUUUGGUUUUUUAUCAGAAAAAACAGUCCCAAUUUUUUUCUUGUAAGAAAAAAAAAAAAAAUCUCAAUCUUCCCUUUCUUUGGAAUUUACUUCUUUACUGCUUUAGUUUCUUUUUUUUUCGGGGGAGUGACAAUGGAAGAGAAAUUUGACAAGAUUCGGAAGCAAGCUAACUCUAAAUUGGAGAAUCAGAAGUUGUAUGGUCAGACCUUGAUUGCCAUAGAAGAAAUUAUCCGGGAACAACAGGCUGAACUAUCUCCUACUGCAUAUUUUGGUGCCAUUCUUACUACUAUUCAAUCUGCAAACGAUGCUAACGACGUUGUUGGUGCCUUAUUAUACCUUUUGGACGAAGUCUUAACGGAAGUACCUGUGCCCAUUUUACGCUCAAAAUUCGGUGUGGUUAUUCCUAUGCUAGAUUCGGCCUAUGAACAAUUCAACAACGAACAACCUAUUGUACGAUCUAUUAUUGGUUGUUACCAAGGACUUCUUGUCGCCCAGGAUGCUCAAGUUUGGUCUAUGCCUACCACUAAAAAGUGUUAUCAAGCUCUUCUUGUACUUAGUGCAAACGCUUCACCAAAGGCACGCAAACGUGCUCAAGAUGCUGUUCGAACCAUAUUAUCUCAACCUCCUCCUCCAGCCACGGUUCAUCCUGCAGCCAGUAUUACAGCAGAAUUCAUAUUGCGUGUGUUACAUGAAGCUACCAAAACUGAUCAGCAUGCCGCUCAACAAAUUCUUGCCUUGCUCCAAUCCAUUGUUGAAUAUUGGCCACCUUAUCAAUUUACCGUUCUCUGUCAAACAUUAUUACAAUUGCCAAAGUUGAACAAUAUUUUCCUAACCAAGGCCGCAUUCGAUGUAUUUGAAGCCCUAUUUGAUGCUCAGGAAAUGGAUAUUGAUGAAGAAAAGAUUACCAACCUUUUAUCUGCUAUCUGUGAAUUGAAGCCUGCUUCUUAUGAUGAAAGAUUACUUCCAACUUGGUUGAUGAUGAUUAGCAAAGCUUAUCCGAUUUAUGCAAGAUUAAAUCCCAAAGGCUGUGCUGCUGAUCUUCCCACUGUGUUUGAUCUUAUCUUCAAUGAUUUCCAACAAGAAUCAAGAAAUUAUACUCAAAUCGCCAACUGUUUAUCUACCUUGAUCAGUUACUGUAUUACGGAUGAUAUGAUAUCUCAAGCAUCUAUGGGUCAAACCAAUGGUCUGUCACAAAUCAUCGCUACUGUUGAAACAGGUCUAGGUGUUCAUUUCCAAUCAGCAUGGAAGCAAGUAAUGAUAGUGCAAGAAACCCUAUUCCGAAAGUUACAUCGAUCCUCUAGUCCGUUAUUAAACAACUGUUUAGCUCUUUUGGGUGAAAUUCGACUAUCUCCUGGUGAAUCAUAUAAGGAACAACUGGAUAAAACAUUAGGUGCUGCUAUUGCUACGAUGGGUCCUGAAAGCUUUUUGGCUAUUCUCCCUUUAAACUUGGAAACCCCUGCUUCCUCCUCUAGUGUCGGACGUGCCUUCUUACUUCCUUUAUUGAAAAAUUACACUACCAACACAACUUUGGCUUACUUUGUCGAUGAAUUAAUACCAUUAGGUGAUCGUUUGGCAGAAAAGGCGGAAUCUGCUACCAAUCGAGAACUCGCUUUACAAGCUAAAGUAUAUGAAACUCUUUUACAUCAAAUAUGGAGUUUGGCACCUGGUUUCUGCGAUUUACCUCUAGACUUGACUCAAGCUUUUACUGAUACUGUUGCCGAACGAUUCAGCUCUCUUUUGUAUACUCAACCCGAAUUACGACCUACCAUCUCUCAAGCUUUACAAUUCUUGGUACAAAAGAACCAACAACUUGCCAAAUCUGAUGCCGACCACAGUCAUCUCAUCAAAGCUUAUGGAAUCACUAAAGCAGAAGCAACUGGAAACUUGGAACAUUUGAGCAAAUUUGCUGUCAAUUAUCUUGCUGUAUUCUUCAAUGUUUACAGUCAGAUUGCCCCUACCAAUCGUGGAUUUAUGAGCGAAGUCAUCAAAAGCUAUCUUGCCAUCACAUCUCCUCAGGAUAUCAAUGAAACGUUCAAAAAGGUACUUGGUUUGUUGUCCCAAUCUUUGGAAUCUGGUGAAGCUCAAGCUACCGGUCCCGUCGAUCCAAAUUUGCCUCCUCCCAUGUCACAAACUAUGCUUGAUCUUUCUAUCAUUAUGAUUCCUUUCUUGGAUGUUGAAUCGGCUGAACUUCUUUACAAUGGUACCAUCACCUCUCUUUUAGACAAGGAAGAUGCUCCUCUUUUACAAAAGAAAGGUUACAAGAUCUUGAAUCAUCUCAUGGUGAAUCCUAAUGGUUUACAAGUUAUUCGUGCUCACUUCACUGAACUACAAGCUAAACUGGUUGAAGCAUCUCUCUCAUGUACCGUUUCUGCUCGGAAGGAUCGUGUCAAGACAUUGAUGCUUGUAGUGCGAUUAUUGGAUGGUUCUGAUCUUCAUUUCAUUCCUGCCAUUAUGUCUGAAAUUGUAGUUGCAUUGAAGGAUUCAAGUGAAAAGUGUCGUAACUUUGCUUUUACUGCAUUUGUGGAUAUGGGAAACAAAAUGAAGGAAGGUGGUGUAGUCAAGACUAGUUUAUUACAAGGCAUGGAUUCUGAUGCCCCUGAUGCUGAAGCCAAUCUCAACGAAUUUUUCACUAUGCUUACUGCUGGUCUUGCUGGAACUACUGCUCAAAUGAUUGGUGCCACGAUCACUGCGUUAUCACGUGUAUUCUUUGAAUUCAAGGAUGAUAUUCCUGGUGAAAUGGCUUCAGAAUUAUUACAAACUGUGAAUGUAUUUGUAGCAUCCAACAACCGUGAAAUCGUCAAGGGAGCUUUGGGAUAUAUCAAGGUGUGUAUUGUGGUAUUGGAUAAUUCAAUUUUGGGACCUCAAUUGGAUUCUAUUGUGGAUCAUAUUUUGAAAUGCAGUCAUCAACAUCGAAACUUCAAGCUCAAGAUCCGACAUGUAUUUGAACGUCUCAUUCGCCGUUUUGGAUAUGAUGCUAUUGCUCAUUUGGUACCUGAAGAAGACAAGAAAUUGAUUGCCAAUAUUCAAAAACGCCGUUUAAGAGCUAAACGUCAAAAGAAGGAACGUGCUCUUGGUGAAGAAGAUGAAAGUGAUGAUGAAGACAACGACAAUGAAAUUGCCAAUCGGGUAUCAGCAAAGAAGGUGGCAGGAUACCAUGAUGCUUUCGAAGAAGUGGUUUACGGAAGUGAAAGUGAACUGGAAGGCUCUGAUGAUGAUGGUGAUGUGGAUAUGACCAAUAAUCAAAAGAAGAAGAAGAAGGCUGGAAAACAAGAAAGCAGUACAUAUAUUCGAGAAAAUGCCGAUGAUGUUUUGGACUUUUUGGAUCGAUCAGCUCUUGGACAAAUCUCAUCAUCAAAACCAACUUUACGGAAAGGUGCGAAAUUGGGUGGUACCGCUGGUGGAGUGCAAUCAAUGUUUGCUGAAAAUGAUGAAGGUCGAUUGGUAAUCAACGAUGAUGAAAGCAAGGCCAAUCAAGCUACUGAUGGAAAAGAUGAUGACGAAGAAAACGAAGAAAACUAUUACCUGGAAGCUGCACGUAGUGCUGAUGGAUUUACUCGUGAUAAACGUAAUCGAAUCAAGUUCAAGAAAGGUGGCAAGGAUGAGGAAGAUGAUAAUGACAUGGAUGUGGAUGAAGGAUCUGGCAAGAAGAAAAAGAAGACUGCUCAAUUUGAACGUAUUGGAAAAGAAUUCAGAUCAAAGCGAGCUGGUGGCGAUGUCAAAAGAAAAAAUCAAGCAGAUCCUUACAGUUAUGUUCCUCUCAACAAGGUGAUCAAGAAGAAGGGCAAACAAACUUCAAGGUUGACUUUUACUGGUCGAGUCAAGAAAUAGGUCUCUUUUUUUUUCUAUUCUCAUUUAUUCAUACUUUUAUUUUAUUAUUAUUAUUCAUCAUUUUGGUUUUACGAAUUGGACAUGUUUACAC